AUGUCGGAAUGUGAGCAUAUUGUCAAGUUUAGUGAAGAGAAAGUAUCUAGUGCUUUGAAGAUGAUUAAAUUUGUAGUAGCUCAUUCAUCACAGAAGGAAAAAUGGCUAAAGUUGGCAGACUGUUCGACAUGUCAUGAAAUUAACCAAGGUGCAUGUUUUGUUUGUUUAGACUGCAAAUCGAUAAAUUGCUGGAAUAAUAAAUGUAUGGCUACACAUGCUAAUGAGCUGGAUCAUGCUAUUGGCAUAAAUUCAAACAGUGGCCUAAUUUUUUGUUUCAAAUGUAUGGAUUAUAUUAACUACGAAAGCAAUGACGAUAACCGCAAUAUAAGUUUUCCUACCGUAACUAAUAGGGAUGGAUUACAUGGUUUUGUCAAUAUGGGAUCAACCUGUUUCAUGAGCAGCAUACUUCAAGUCUUAAUCCAUAACCCUUUCAUUGUCCAAAACUCCAUGAGCCAGUCACAUUAUAGCUCAUGCAAGAUAAGAAAUCCGAAUAACUGUAUCUCGUGUGCUCUAGAUGAAAUUAUUGCCGAAUCAUAUGGGAAUUUUGUUAAAUAUAAUAAUGGCAAACCUAUAAAUCAAUACCAUGAUGGGUUUAUUUCGAUGUUGAAUUGUUCUUGGAAGAUUAACGAUAAUUUUGCCGGUUACUCCCAACAAGAUGCCCAUGAAUUUUUGCAAUUCAUAUUAAAUCGAUUACAUCGUGAUUACAAAUUAACUUCAACCUAUACAAAUAAUACAGAUUCAUGCAGUUGCCUUAUCCAUUCCAUCUUUCAAGGCAAACUGAAGAGCUCUAUUGUAUGUCCGGAGUGUCACGAUAAUUCUAAAACUGUUACUGAUCCAUACAUUGAUUUAUCGUUAGACAUAAAAGAUAAAGCCACUCUUUACCAGUGUCUAGAUAGUUUCCAUAAAAAGGAAACUUUGCAUGAUUAUAAUUACCACUGUCCAAAUUGUGAUACUAUGCAAGAUCCAAUAAAGCAAUUGACUAUUGAUAAACUUCCUCCAGUGUUAGUUUUACAAUUGAAAAGAUUUGAGCAUUUAAAUAAUGGGCAAAACGUUAAGCUCAAUGCUUUUAUAGAAUUUCCAACGUAUCUUAAUAUGAAAAAAUACUGCCAUACUGAAGAAAAUAACUCUUCGAUCAUUUAUGAAUUAAACGGCGUAAUAUCACACAUUGGGACUGUGAACGAGGGACAUUAUAUUGCAACAUUGAAACUUGAUAGUAACAAUUGGUUCAAAUUUAACGACUCCAUGGUGACUUCAAUUUCCGAGGAAGAAGUGUUGAAAGACCAAGCAUAUUUACUUUUCUAUAGUAUUAAACAAGUGAAUUAA